CCGUCGCCCCCGCCGCGGCCCGGACCGCGCGUUAAAGCUUCGCGCCUGGGGAGGGGGCGGCUCGGCGGCUUGGACGCUGAUUCUCACGGCCGCUCAGGAGCGGUCUCCGCCGACAUGGGCUGUUUCUGCGCUGUGCCGGAAGAAUUUUACUGCGAAGUUUUGCUCCUGGAUGAAUCCAAGCUGACCCUUACCACACAGCAGCAGGGCAUCAAGAAGUCAACAAAAGGUUCCAUUGUCCUUGACCAUGUAUUCCGUCACAUAAACCUUGUGGAGAUAGAUUAUUUUGGGCUGCGUUUCUGUGACAGAAGCCAUCAGACGUAUUGGCUGGAUCCUGCGAAGACCCUUGCUGAACACAAAGAGCUGAUCAACACUGGACCUCCAUAUACUCUGUAUUUUGGUAUUAAGUUCUAUGCUGAAGAUCCAUGUAAACUGAAAGAAGAAAUAACCAGAUAUCAGUUUUUCUUGCAGGUGAAGCAAGACGUCCUUCAGGGCCGGCUGCCCUGCUCUGUCAACAUUGCUGCUCAGCUGGGAGCAUACGCCGUCCAGUCGGAACUUGGAGAUUAUGACCCAUACAAGCACAUUGCGGGAUACGUGUCAGAGUACCGGUUUGUUCCUGAUCAGAAGGAGGAACUUGAAGAAGCCAUAGAACGGAUCCAUAAAACUCUAAUGGGUCAGGCUCCUUCUGAAGCUGAGCUGAAUUACUUGCGGACUGCCAAAUCCCUGGAGAUGUAUGGCGUUGACCUCCAUCCUGUCUAUGGAGAAAACAAGUCUGAAUACUUCUUAGGAUUAACUCCGGUUGGUGUUGUUGUCUACAAGAAUAAAAAACAAGUGGGGAAGUAUUUCUGGCCUCGAAUUACGAAGGUUCAUUUCAAGGAGACUCAAUUUGAACUCAGAGUACUGGGAAAAGAUUGCAAUGAAACUUCAUUCUUUUUUGAAGCUCGGAGUAAAACUGCUUGCAAGCAUCUCUGGAAAUGCAGCGUAGAACAUCAUACAUUUUUUAGAAUGCCAGAAACUGAAUCAAAUUCAUUGUCUAGGAAACUCAGCAAGUUUGGAUCCCUAAGUUAUAAACACCGAUACAGUGGCAGGACAGCUUUGCAGAUGAGUCGAGAUCUUUCUAUCCAACUUCCCCGGCCUGAUCAGAAUGUGGCAAGAAGUCGAAGCAAGACUUACCCUAAGAGAAUAGUGCAAACGCACCCAGCUGGUUCAAACAGCAUAAACCGGGUAACGGCGAACAUGGAAAACGGAGAAAAUGAGGGAACAACUAAAAUUAUCGCACCUUCACCAGUAAAAAGCUUUAAAAAAGCAAAGAGUGAAAACAGUCCUGAUACCCAAAGAAGCAAAUCUCAUGCACCAUGGGAAGAAAAUGGCCCCCAGAGCGGACUCUACAACUCUCCCAAUGACCGCACUAAAUCACCAAAGUUCCCUUACACGCGUCGCCGAAACCCCUCCUGUGGAAGCGACAACGACUCUGUGCAGCCAGUGAGGAGAAGGAAAGCCCAUAAUAGUGGUGAAGACUCAGAUCUAAAGCAAAGGAGGAGGUCACGCUCACGCUGUAACACCAGCAGUGGUAGCGAAUCGGAAAAUUCUAACAGAGAGCACCGGAAGAAGAGAAACAGAAUACGGCUGGAGAACGAUAUGGUUGAUUCAGCGCCUCAGUGGGAAGCUGUCUUACGGAGACAAAAGGAGAAAAACCAAUCAGACCCCAACAACAGGCGAUCCAGACACCGGUCUCGCUCGAGAAGCCCCGAUAUCCAAGCAAAAGAAGAAUUGUGGAAGCACAUUCAAAAGGAGCUCGUGGAUCCAUCUGGAUUGUCGGAGGAGCAACUGAAAGAGAUUCCGUACACUAAAAUAGAGACUCAGGGUGACCCAGUCCGCAUCAGGCAUUCGCAUUCGCCACGAAGUUAUCGCCAGUAUCGCAGGUCGCAGUGUUCAGAUGGAGAGAGAUCUGUUCUUUCGGAAGUAAAUUCAAAAACAGAUCUUGUACCACCACUUCCAGUGACCCGUUCUUCGGACGCUCAAGGUUCUGGUGGCUCUACAGUUCAUCAGAGAAGAAAUGGGUCUAAAGAUAGCCUGAUUGAAGAAAAGUCUCAGAUAUCUGCAAACAGUCUGGCUGGAAAGCACACAGCAAAAACAGUAAAAACGGUCCACGCUGCACGCCUCAAGUUAGAGACUUGAUCCUGGUGAAAGCCGGGGAUGGGAGUGGGAAGGGCGCUUGUGCUGCUGGUACUUCUGAAACUGUGAAGGAGACAAGUAUUCAAGUGUCUUGGACCUGCCAAUUGCUUCUUCAGCCUAUGAAACGCACCUUCUGAAGAUCUGACUACUGCAUACUCGUGCUGGAGGGCCUUUGACUGGAAGGAUAGUGCUCUUGUAAAAGUUACCUUGACACCACCUCUUCCUCAGACUGGUAGCAGCCAGCUCCAAGUAUCUUGUGUCUGCCUCCCCCACAAGCAAGACCAGAUGCUUCUGGUGGAUGUUCUGCAAUUCUGGACAGCAGUGGACUGACUCGCUGUGCAGUGGCGGGAAGAAAGCCGCCCUCCCAGCUCCAGGGGCUUCAGCCAGUGCUGAGGUGGCCGAGGACUGACCUGUCACUCUCACAUGGCAGACACCUGUAUUCAUAAGUUCUUGUAGUAUUGUAAUUUGUGGCAUCGAGUUUCACUGGUAUUUACAAACGUAAAAAGCUUCAAGUGUGGCUUUUAAUUUGAAAGUGUCCUUGUCUUGUGUUUUCUGAAGGAGAGAAAAAGCUAAAGUGUGGAUUUCAUCCCCCCACCCUGCCUGGCCACCUAACUCGCCUGCUCUCCUGGACCUUUGCCCUCCAGAUACCUUUUCAAUCUGCAGGGAAAAUAUAAGUAUUUACGCAGGGCAUCUUUAUCUUUCCUUACCAGUCCUCUCCAGGUACCCUCAACCCCAACGCUCUGCCGGGCCCUUUCCACCUGUGCUCUGGAUAUCCCCUUGUCUCCCUCAGGAGCCCUUUAUCUUGUAGAAUGUACUCAGCUGCUUCCUUUCACUAGUUACUAUUACCAUCUAUUAAACCUGUGACUGCCGCUACCAAUCCAACUUCCACAGCCACAAAUCCUUGUCUAAGGGUUUGUUCUCAGCUAAAUUUCUCACUUCUUACACAGUCUUCAAAGUCCAUUUUAUGCCCAUUAAAGUCUCCUUCUCUUCCUUCACUCUUUUAAAGCAAACCCAUUUUGCUCUACUACUGUGACCAUCGUUAACUACCUUUCUUUCCCCUAUUGGGUUUUUUCCCAAUCCUUACACCUAGGUUUAUACCUAACAGCUUCCAGGCUUACUUUUGUAGCUGACUAGAGCAGUGUUGAGUCCACCUGGACUUUUCAAAGGUUUCAACUGGUUCAGACCCUGCCCAUCAGCCGAGCUGAGAGCCACUAAGCUUGUCCCCAUACAGCCUAUCACUAUGGACACCUGCAGUAUCACCGAGUCCGCUGGCUUUGCUUUCCUUUCUCCAUCACUCAAGCUAGUCUUGCUUAGACCCAGCUGUGGCGGUCCCUUCACUGGCCUGCCUGCUGAAUAAACCCAAGCCUUAACCGGUCUGGCCUCUACCUACCUCUUCAGCUCACUUGGUGACACCCCUAGCUCUCCCAACAGCCAUCUAAAAAUGCCUCACGGAGAGCACACAAAUCUCUAACCCAGGGCACUGAUGGGGGGAGAAGAGCCAAAGCUGUCCAAAAGACAGUUACCUUUUCCCUACCGAGGUCUGUGCAUGUCAUCCUCAGCUUUGCCUUGCAAAGAUGGCACCCACCUCGUGAACUCUGCUUUCUCAGGUUCUCCUCACUAGGGCAAAUCCUACCGCAAGGCUCAUUUGUGAUUUCUAUUUCUGCUAUUCAGCUGUAAGCUCCCAGCGGGAGAACUGUGUUCUGCUUGUCGUGUGUGCAGCUUCUAGUGCAGUGCUUUCAAUAAACUUUUCUGAAUGCCUCAA